GUGUGGCCUUACAGAAUUCUUUCAAGCAUAAACUUGUGUACUUCCGAUUUAAGACACAUUCUAUAAUUGUUAAAAAAGUUUGCGCAUCUGUAUGGACAUGGCCUCCGAUCAAAAUGAUAAUUACAGUAAAACUGAAGAACUGUCGAGGUAUAUUUGGAAGUCAUAUCUGUGUCAUGGAAAGGCAAACUCAAUAACAAACAUAGCUAAGAAUAUGGCAUUAGUCUACGACUGUAUAAGUAGUAAUAGAUCUAACUGGGACCAAUAUUCAGGUGGCAGCACAUUUGAUGGGACGUCUGAUUAUGGGAAGAGCGAUGUCGAUGAUAUGAUUGUGUUUAGGGGUGUAGUUGUUAAACAUAGCGAAAGUAAUGAUUCAAAUAAAGAAAAGAAAAACAGUUCUGAUGAGCAAAAACAUCGUACUGUACUGGUUACCGAAUCAUCAAACUGCAGUCCUGGAUAUUAUAGGCUGAUUACAGCAGCUGACUUUGAGACAUUUGCGUUAAUUUUUGGUUGUCAACAUGAGGAUUUGGUAGAAGAAAGAUCAGGCAAAACUUAUCUAUCAAGCGACAAAUUUCUUCAGUUCAUGAUAAAAAGAUUUGAGCAUACAAUACCACUGAACACCACUGAACACACAGUGCACGGACCAUCUAUGAAAUUUGCUCACGAUAACAUAUAUGGUUAUCACAUUAAUAGACCAGACCUUCCGUUAGAUCAUGACACUGCUCACGCAAUUAUUUACGAUCAAUCGCCUAUUUGUAUGCAAGAAUGGACCCAAAGAGAAAGAAGAUUUAACUGGCCAAGUCAAAACAUGAUAGAGAAAAUUCAAAAACUAUCAUGGCAUUUCGUUCCUGUAGGUGAUAGAUCGUCGCUCAAUUUCUCACUCGAGUGGCGAUUAUCUUUUCUCCUUGGCGAGCGAGAGCUAGCUUGGAAUUUGAAUGAUACACAAAUACAAUGCCUUGUUAUUUUGAAGAAAUUACGGAAUACUCUCCUGGAGCCUGUUUUCCCAGACCUUAUAACAUCUUACCAUUUGAAGAAUAGUGUGUGUUGGUUGUCAGAGGAAACUGAUAUUGACCAGUGGGUUCCGGAGCAACUACUUUCAAGAAUUGGAGAUUGCUUGACGUACCUAGUUGAUGCUGUUGAAAAAGAAAAAUUGCCUCAUUAUUUUCACAGACAACGUAAUUUAUUCCAUAAUAGAUUUAUUGAGAAAAGAAUAAAAAAUCAAGUGAUUUCCAAACUUUGUUCGAUUAGGAACAAUCUAUUACAAUGUGCAAUGAGUUAUGGUCUUCCAGCAGACAGUCAUUUAUCUAAAUAUUGGAAAACACACACAGGAAACAUCGAUGGGGUUCUAGAAUCUUCCAAACGAAACAAGGAACUCAAUGAAUUAUUUAACCUGAAGAAAAAGGUCAGUAUACAGUCAAGAUUUAACCAGGGAAUUUCAUAUCUAUUUGCGAACAUUUCAGAUGCCUGCGAAUCUCUUCAUAAACUUGUACAGACUUCCAAAGCAAUUGGUGAACUUUUAGAUGUCGAUGUUAACUUUAAAACUAAAAUUCUGAAAUGUUUAGAUAUUCAAAUGGGUUUUAGAUAUUACGCGCAAUAUAUUAAUGAAGAAAAUGUACAAAGGAAAGAAGAAUUACUUAGAAGUACAAAAAGGCACUUUGAAGAUGGUGUUUUGAUAGAUGAUUUCACUGGAGCUCUCUAUUCUCUAUCUUUACAUUUUUGUUUAAAGGAAUACAAUACCGUCAUAAGUAAAAUAAAUACAAUUUUGGGCCAAAAGAAAUACCUUUUGUACACUGGGAAGUGUUCCCUUCUACAUGGAAUCGAGUUAGGGAUGCCCAAUGGAAACAUAUUUCAAACAUCCGAAGCUCCGGUGACCGCAGAUGAAGACGACAUAAUUGAAAGUGCAUUUGAUUUUAUCUUUUCACGUGACCACAUUUCUUGCUUACCUUAUCCGUUACAAGUAGAAUGUGCCAUGGUUAUGAUCCAGGACUAUGGAGAGAGAUUCAUUCUUAUUCAUCCGGCUGUCUAUAUAUUCCUCUUACUGCAACUGUCAUGUCUAAAAAUAUAUAAUUUUCCAGCAGCAGACGAAGCAUUAAAACAUCUUGAAGAAGCAGUCAGUAAUAUUGGGGAAAAUCUACAUAGGUAUCGAUCACUCAACAUUUUAGGAUACAGCUAUUCUGCCCAUAAAAGGACAAAUGAGGCUCUGGAAUGCUACAGAUUAUCACUUUAUCAUUCACGCAGUAAAUUACCACGUGUGAAGAACGCUGCAAUUUAUCAUGUUGCUAUAUUAGCUUAUUAUACGUAUAAAUUUUACGAAUUUUUCCGUAUUCCAAUCGGUGUAGGCUGUAGCUUUGUUCCAUCAACGGAUGAAGAAAGCACUCACAAUAGCAGUGGUGUAGAAGAUAUUAUCUAUAGCCGAAAUUAGAUAUGAUAAUUUCAGAUGGAAAUACGCAAUAAUGUUAAAACGGUGAAUUUUCACACGUUAGAAAAAUCAUCUACAGUAGUUUUAGAAUGUUUUUGAUAUUUCAAAGCCCAUUCAUUAGUCAUCAGAUUAGUUAUGUCGCUUCUUUUUUCAAUGAAUUAUUAGUAGUAGUAUUAUCAAUAUUCACUGUGUAAAUGUUGCCAUAGCAUUUUUAGAAGUCUGACAGUCACACUUAAAAUGUUGCCGUUUUUUUUUUGCACUUGAUAUGAUUUGCCGUUUAUGAUGUGCACUAACUAUAAUAUUCUGAAAUAGAAUCGUCUUCUAAAAUACAAAAAAUAUAUUACCAUGCACUAAUACCCCACUCAUUCGAGGAAAAUAGACAUUCUUCACAUGGCUAACAUUGUUUGACAAGGUACAUGUACAAAAUGAUGUGCUGUUAACCUAGUAUUAUGAUACUAGUAUGUUAAUAUUUGAUUUGAUAGCUGGUUGUUUCUUAUAAUUGACAAAAUUAACAUGCUGAGUGUUUUUCUGGCAUAAUUACAGUCUGUUAAACUAAAAUAUAAUCAUUGUAUCUA